AUGGCAGCAGCAGCCUCAUCGGCUGGCGCUGCCAUUUCAUCGAUGAUAACAUUGAUGAGAAAGCAAAGUUUCCGUAGCGAUUUUGUUCCAUUAAUGGAUUAUAACCAAGAAGAUUCAACGGGUGGUAAUCUUGAAUGGACGAAUAAACCAUUAGCUAAAUAUCUAUUUCGUCUUACUGGUCUUUUAAGUUUUAUUUCAACAUGUAUGAAUACAUCAAAAACUUUUGAAUAUUAUCCAUUUCUUCAAUAUACAACAUUUAUCAUCGAUAUAACUUGUGCAAUUAUAUUAACAAUUGAAGCAGCUGCCAAAAUGAAAACUCGAGGAAUAUUAAUUGGUGAUUCAUCUUAUUUACGUGAUCGAUGGAAUCAUUUUGAUGCUAUUAUGGUUUUAAACAUCUAUUUUUCUAUUAUCAUACAAACAUUCGAAUUAAUUGGUAUUAUACCUAAAUAUUCAUAUUAUACAUUAAUUCGCUCACCACGUCCAUUUAUUCUUAUUAAAGUUCUCAAAACAUUUCUCAAAUUUGAAUUACCUAAAAGCCAGAUUAAAUCUAUUCUUCAACGUUCGAGUUCACAAAUUUAUAAUGUAACAGUGUUUUUUCUAUUCUUUAUGAGUUUAUAUGCCAUAUUAGGUGUACAGUUUUUUGGAUCACUCACAUUCCAUUGUGUUAGAAACGGUACCAAUUUAAAUAACGUGACAAAGUCAGAUUUAAUGAUACCUGAUACAUAUUGUUCGCCAACAAAAGAUGGUUUUCAUUGUCCAGAAAAUUUUACUUGUAAAAAAAUUGAAAUUCAACGAAAUUUACGUGGUUAUAAUGGUUUUGAUGAAUUGGCAACUAGUUUUUUUUCCGUUUAUGAAUCAGCUAGUCAAGAAGGAUGGGUAUUUCUUAUGUAUCGAGCUAUUGAUAGUCUUCCAUCAUGGCGUGCAUUUUUUUAUUUUAUUACAUUAAUUUUUUUUCUGGCAUGGCUCGUCAAAAAUGUAUUUAUUGCCGUUAUUAUUGAAACAUUCGCUGAAAUUCGUGUUCAAUUCCAACAAAUGUGGGGUUCAAGAGGAGCACCAUCAGAUAUUGAAGCAACAAAAGUACUUCAAAAAGCUGAUGAUAGUACAUUAAAAUUAGUCAAUAUAGAUGAAAAUAAAAAGAAAGGUGUAGCACCAGUUAUCUUUUUAAAAAUUGCACAAUCUCCACUGUUUACAACAAUUGUUAUGAUUGUUGUACUUGCUAAUACAAUCUUCACGGCAACUAUUAAACAUACACAUAAUGAACAACAUGAUAAAAAAAAUCGUGAACUUUAUCAUAAAAUUGAGACAUUAUUUACUUUAUUUUUUGAUUUGGAAGCACUUUUUAAAAUCUUUUCAAUGGGUUUUAAAAAUUAUAUUCGAAGAUCAAUAUUUAAAUUUGAAUUUAUGCUCGCUGUUGGAACAACUCUUCAUUGUUUUCCAUCGUUUUAUCGAAGUGGUUUUACAUAUUUUCAAGUUCUACGUGUUGCUCGUCUACUUAAAUCAAGCCCUUUACUUGAAGAUUUUCUUAAUAAAAUUUUUGGUCCGGGUAAAAAGCUUGGUAGUUUAAUUUUAUUUACAAUGUGUUUAUUAUUAAUAACAUCAUCGAUUAGUAUGCAAUUAUUUUGUUUUAUUAAAGGUCUUAAACAAUUUGAAACAUUUCCACGUUCAUUUAUGUCUAUGUUUCGUAUUGCUAUGAAUGAUGGUUGGACAGAAGUGAUGUAUUCAGCUAUGGACAACGUUUAUGAAUUUGGAAUAUUCUUUUUAUGUUUAACAGCACUUUUCUUUAUCUUUUUUCAUUUAUUAACUAAUUCUGCAUUUAUAUCAAUGUUUCAAGUUUUAACACAAAAAGGAUGGGUUGAUGUGAUGCAUUAUACAAUGUUAUAUAGUAUUCAAAAUGUAGCUCCAUUUGUUGCUAUUUAUUUUAUUGUUUAUCAUCUUGCUAUUAAUUUGAUUGUACUUUCACUUUUCGUUGCCGUCAUUUUGGACAAUCUUGAACUUGACGAAGACGUUAAAAUGAUUAAACAGUUAAAAACCCGUGAAGCUAGUGCAGAAACUCAACAAAAAUUGCCAUGGCGUUUGCGUGUAUUUGAACGUUUUCCUGAUCAUCCUCAAAUGAUUGAAUUAUCACGUUUACCACAUGAUUUUAUGAUUCCAAAAAUUCGUGAUAGUUUUAUGCGUCAAUUUCUUAAUCAGGAUGAUAUUUAUUCAUAUCCACCUGAACUUUCAAUGAAUGUAUAUAAUAAAAAACAUACAGUUAAAACAUUACAUACACCAGAAUAUCGACCAACAGGUGAAACUAUGAAAAGAACAGCUGUAACCAAUAUUAUCAGAAAUGCAAGUAAUCAACGUUUAUUGAGUGGUGAUGCUAGUCAAGUACAUUUAGCAAGUAUAGCUGAUAAUAAAUUAUCAAUAUUUGUACAACAAAAUAAAAUUCGACUUGAUCGAAAAAAUUCCAUGCGUCGUUCAGGUUAUCGACCAAAACCAGUACAUGUUAUCCGUGAAAAUGGAGAUAUUGGUGCAUUACAUGGUCGAAAUCAAGAUGAUUAUGAUAUUAAAGUAUUUCAAUAUCGAAAACAACAAGCUGAAUUAAAACGAAAUCAACAAGAAGAAGAUCUACGUGAAAAUCAUCCAUACUUUGAUACACCUCUAUUUACAAUUGCACGUGAAAGUAAUUUUCGAAAAUUUUGUCAACUUCUUGUCGAAGCUCGUUAUGAUCUUAAUACAAAAGAUCGUCUUGGACAAGAAUCAAAAAUUAGUCGAUAUAAACAAGGACAUAAAUUUCUUGGUUUGGUUACAUAUCUUGAUUGGAUUAUGAUACUUGUAACAAUAUUAUCAGCAGUUAGUAUGUCAUUUGAAACACCUAAUAAUCGAGUUGUUGAUCGACCUUCAUUACAAAUAGCAGAAUAUGUAUUUGUUAUUUUUAUGAGUGUUGAGUUAACAUUAAAAAUUUUUGCGCAUGGUUUAUUUUUUACACCAAAAGCAUUAAUUCGAGAUAUUGGUGGUGCGGUUGAUGUUGCAGUUUUUUUUGUUGGCCUUAUUUUUCUUUGUUGGUUACCACGAAAUGUUCCAGCAAAUAGUGUUGCUCAAUUUCUGAUGCUUCUUCGAUCAACACGACCUUUACGAAUUUUUAUUUUAGUACCCGACAUGAGAAAAGUUGUUUAUGAAGUUUGUCGAGGAUUUAAAGAAAUUUUAUUGGUAUCAAUUUUACUCGUUGUAUUAAUGUUUAUUUUUGCUAUUUAUGGUGUUCAAAUCAUCGGUGGACAAUUAGCUCGUUGUAAUGAUCGAAAAUAUUAUAAUGAUCAAAAAUUAUGUCAUGGAACAUUUUGGAGAGAACUUUAUGUGUCAAAAAUGAAUGUUGGUGACGCUGAUCCUGCUAUGUUAGUACCACGUGUAUGGGCUAAUCCACAUAAUUUUAAUUUUGAUUAUAUUGGUAGUGCAAUGUUAGCUCUUUUUGAAGUUCUGUCACUUGAAGGAUGGCUGGAAAUCCGUGAUAUUAUUAUGGAUCGUAUGGGUCCAGAACAUGCUAUAUUUGUUCAUAUAUUUGUAUUUAUUGGUACAUUAAUUGGUUUAACUCUAUUUGUUGGUGUUGUUAUUGCAAAUUAUUCAGAAAAUAAGGGAACGGCCUUAUUAACAGUUGAUCAACGUCGUUGGAUGGAUUUAAAAGGUCGUAUAAAACUUGCCCAACCAUUGCGUACACCACCUCGACCAGAAAAUAGCAAAUUUCGUUCAUAUGUAUUUGAUAUAACACAAAAUCGAUUAUUUAAAAAAUCUUCUGCUGUACUUGUUCUACUUAAUUGUGCACUACUUUAUAAACCAUGGAAAGCUAAUGAAAACAUAACACAAAUAUCAGCAUUAAUAUCAUCUUUAUUUACAUUUUUAUUUCUUGUUGAAGCUGUUAUGAAAUGUACUGCACUUGGUUUUGUUGGUUAUUGGCAAUCACGUCGUAAUCGUUUUGAUUUAUUAGUAACUAUACUUGGUAUUGGUUGGAUUGUAUUAAAUUUUAUUUCUAUGAGCAAAAUUGAACUUCAAGAAUUUAGUAAUACAUUUGGCUUUACUGUCAUUAUACUUCGAUUUUUUACUAUUGCUGGAAAACAUGCAACUCUUAAAAUGCUUAUGUUAACUAUUAUUGUAUCAUUCUUUAAAUCAUUUUUUAUUAUUCUUGGUAUGUUUUUACUCAUGUUAGUAUAUGCCUUUGCUGGUGUUAUACUCUUUGGUUGUGUUAAAUUUGGCCCUGAACUUGGACGACAUGCUAAUUUUAAAACAGUACCUAAUGCAAUUGUUCUACUAAUGAGAAUUGUCACUGGUGAAGAUUGGAAUAAAAUAAUGCAUGAUUGUAUGGUUGUACCACCACGAUGUACACGUGGUGGUUCCUAUUGGGAAAGUGAUUGUGGAAAUUCAACAGCAUCGAUACUUUAUUUUUGUUCGUUUUAUAUUAUAAUCACUUAUAUCGUAUUAAAUCUUCUUGUUGCUAUUAUUAUGGAAAACUUUUCAUUAUUUUAUUCCAAUGAAGAAGAUGCAUUACUUAGUUAUACCGAUAUUCGUCAUUUUCAAACGGUUUGGAAUAUGAUUGAUACAGGACGUAAAGGUAUUAUACCAGCUCGACGUGUAAAAUUUUUAUUACGAUUACUUCGAGGAAGAUUAGAAGUGGAUGCAGAAAAACUCUAUAAACAUAUGUGUUAUGAAAUUGAAAAAUUAAAUAAUGGAAAUGAUGUCACAUUUCAUGAUGUACUUAAUAUGUUAGCUUAUCGUUCGGUUGAUAUACGUAAAUCAUUACAAUUCGAAGAACUACUUGCGCGCGAAGAACUUGAAUAUUUAAUUGAAGAAGAAGUAGCAAAAUUAACUAUACGUAAUUGGCUUAAUAAAUGUUUAAAACGCAUUAAAGCAAAAGAUCAAACAAAUGUUAUUAAAAAUUUACAACGUAGUAAUGAAUUAGCAUUCUUUCGUGAAGCACAAGCAAUAACAACAAGUGAAUCAUUAAAAAGAACAACAGAUAAUGUGGGCCAUGAAGAAGAACGACGAGUGAAAAGUCUUGAUGAUCGACAACAGCAAAUACAAAAAGAUGUUGUCAAAAAGAAACUUGAUAGAACAACUACAUUACCAACACCUUCGAAUGAUUUCAAUAAUUCAAACUAUCGAACACAAGCAGGUAUACGUGAUACAUCUGUUGAAUAUAAAGGAGCACGACGACCCGUUACACAACAAUUACAACAAAAUGCUAGUUUGACUUUAAGUAGUGAGGAGUCUUAUCCAUGGCGUUCAUGGCAAACAAGUAAUUUUAAUUAUGGACGAAAAGAUGUUGAAUCAUGGUGGGCUAAUCAAUUUCAAAUGUCAACUUAA